GUUGCUACCUCUUCAACUCACUCAACCUUAUCACUUACAUUUGAAUUCGCUAAAACUUAUCUGUGUUAUGUUUUCUCGUUUAACUGCACGAUUACAAUAUCGAUCAUUUUGUUCAAAGAAUCUUCGUCUAAAACAAUGGCCGAAGCAUCUAAGAAGGUGAAAGAUCUUGAUGACUGGCUUCCUAUCACCAAAUCAAGGAAUGCAAAAUGGUGGUACUCUGCUUUCCACAAUGUCACUGCCAUGGUUGGCGCUGGAGUCCUGGGUCUCCCCUAUGCCAUGUCUCAACUUGGAUGGGGUCCUGGUGUUGCUGUAUUGGUCUUGUCAUGGAUUAUCACUCUGUAUACCUUGUGGCAAAUGGUGGAGAUGCAUGAAAUGGUGCCAGGGAAGAGGUUUGACAGGUACCAUGAGUUGGGUCAACACGCUUUUGGAGAAAAGCUUGGCCUCUGGAUAGUGGUGCCCCAACAACUAAUGGUGGAAGUUGGUGUGAACAUAGUAUACAUGAUCACCGGUGGAAAAUCCCUGAAGAAGAUCCAUGAUAUGUUGUGCACUGGCUGCAAAACUAUGAAAACCACCUACUUCAUCAUGAUCUUUGCAUCGGUUCAUUUUGUUCUCUCCCACCUUCCCAGUUUCAAUUCCAUUACCGGUGUCUCUUUGGCCGCGGCUACCAUGUCCUUGAGUUACUCUACCAUUGCUUGGGCAGCUUCAGCUCACAGGGGAGUUCAACCAGAUGUGCACUAUGGUCCCAAGGCAUCAACCACAACAGGAAAUAUGUUCAACUUCUUUUCAGCAUUGGGUGAUGUAGCUUUUGCCUAUGCUGGGCAUAAUGUGGUCUUGGAGAUCCAAGCAACCAUACCUUCCACACCCGAAAAGCCCUCCAAGAAACCCAUGUGGAAAGGCGUAAUCGUCGCAUAUAUCGUGGUAGCCUUGUGCUAUUUUCCGGUUUCCUUGGUUGGUUAUUGGGUGUUUGGAAAUGCUGUUGAGGAUAAUAUCCUCAUGUCACUUGAGAAGCCCGUCUGGCUUGUUGCAAUUGCUAACAUGUUUGUGGUUGUUCAUGUCAUUGGAAGUUACCAGAUUUUUGCCAUUCCAGUUUUUGACCUGCUGGAAUCAUUUAUGGUAUUGAAGAUGAAUUUCAAGCCAACUAGGUCCCUCCGUUUCAUAAUACGCAAUGUAUAUGUUGCACUUACCAUGUUCCUCGGGAUUACUUUCCCUUUCUUUGGUGGGCUUCUCAGUUUCUUUGGAGGAUUUGCUUUUGCUCCCACAACAUACUUUCUGCCUUGCAUCAUGUGGUUAGCCAUCUAUAAACCUAAAAGGUUCAGCUUAUCCUGGUUCACAAAUUGGUUUUGCAUUAUAGUUGGGGUCAUAUUGAUGAUCUUAGCCCCUAUUGGUGCACUGAGGCAGAUCAUACUUCAAGCCAAAGACUUCAAAUUUUACUCUUGACUGUCUGUGUUAAUUUUAUUCUUCUCCCCCACCCACAAGGUGAAAGGACCUUUGUUUAUCUAGCUUGUGUUGAUUGCUUUCGUGGUAAUUGAGAGGUGUUUAUGGAUGUAAGGAUUUGAGAAUUUCUUUCAAGGCAAGCUUUAAGUGCCAUGGGAUGGGGCUUAUGUUUCCAUUUUUUUUUCUUUGAUCUGAAUAAAUAAACAAACU